AUGUCCAUGUCCAGGAGCACUAUCCAGGAGUUGUGCGACUUCGUUCAACGUGAGCCUUCAGAAGUCUUAAUCAUAUCCAAUUCCCUUCCAUUUCCAGAUAAACCUUCGCAAAUCCUCGGAAACAAGUUCUUUGACUCUCGAAUAGUGGUUCAGGUCGAUGUGGCUCACAAAGUGGACAAGUUCGAGCCUCGUAUCUUCAUCAUAUCCAAGUUUAGGUAGGCAUUCUUCGUGACCCUCUUGAAACUGGGUAUCCACUUCAGAGUCUUUCUGCUUAUGGGUAAAACGACGUCUUCGCUGAAGGUGGAGAAGUCAUUCCAUGUGCUCACAAUAAAAGCGAUUCAUGUGAUAAACGAAGACGAGUUUGUGAUUCAUUUGGAUGAUGGAGUGCAUAAGAAGAAAAUCAAUGUGAAGUGCUCAGUGCACCGGGCCGUUCAUCUCGCUCGUCAGCUCCUUUCUGCCGUUAAGCACUACUUUCCUGACUUCGGUUUGUUUUCAAUCCGUUUUUUCAAACCAACCAUCUUUCCAGGAGUGCAUCUGAACACCUCGAUCGAUGUGAAUCCGGCCUCUCUGUACACGGAGUUCCCCACCCUUCCCACCGCUUCUCCCCGACCGUGCCACUCGUUCCGAAGAACUUACGCGGCACUUUGCGACUUUUAUGAACAGCCAUAUCGGGAAGAAGUGUCCUGGGACGUUGAGAAGAUAUACACGGCGAACAAGCUAAGAGAUCUGAAGAUAGACGAUUUCUCGCACCUUCUGCCCAGAGACCUUCUUCCGAUUGUCGGAGUGCUCCAGUACUCUUCCUACUUCACCGGAAUUAUCUGCGACGCCGUCCGAGUGUCAUCUGAAGUCAUUGACGUCGUGUUGAGUGUUGUGCGAAAGUCACACAAUUUGCACAAAUUGCAGUUGAGAAGUUGUGCUCUCCCAAGGUAAGUAAUUUGUGUGCAAUUGCCGUCUUAGCUGUAUUUUACAGGGAUUUCAUCACUCUUCUCGCAUCCGCGCUCCAAAACAAUGCGAACGCGUCACUGGAGUACCUGGAUCUUUCCAGAAAUGCUUUGGACGACAAGAAAGGUUGAAAGCCAUUCAGGUUGUGCUUUCUUCACGAUCAUCUUUCAGGUUAUUCUUCACUCGCCUCAGUGCUUCCUCGAUUGACUCAGUUGAAGUACGUGAAUGUCUCGGAGUGUCAACUAACGGACAAAUCUGUCAACCUGCUCUGCACCGGACUCUACAAUGGGAUGACUUCUUGCAAAAGUGGAGGAAUGCAGCUGACCGAGUUGAUUCUGUCUUCGAAUCCUCUUAAAGACGAAAUUUCUGCCAUCAUCAAUCUUGUCUCCAUCUCUACUUCGUUGCGAGUUCUGGAUCUUUCUGACACUGGAAUUCAGCUCGAUAAGCUUUGGAAUGCAUUGAAAUAUGGAGGUCUCCAAAUUGAAAAGCUCUUCUUGAAUGGAUGUUCGAUGGGCAAAAAGUCGGAUGGCGUUCAGACUGCCAAGGAAUACUUUUCGAUGGCCGUCAACCUGUCACACAUCUCGUUCAAUAAUACUCCGAUGCCAUCUGACUACCUGAAGGCCGUUCUUCUCGGCCUUGCCUCCAAUCAGCAGUUGCAGCCGUUCCGUCUCGACCUGGAUGCCACGUGUGAAAAGGGAUCGGCCAGUGUUCUCGAUGCAUGCAUCGGAGGCAUUCGUUGCGAGACCCUCAGUUUGAGAGACAACAAUUUGGACGGGGAUUUGCAAGGAGUUUUGCAGAGCUUGAUGAUGAUCACAUGUCUCAGAAGACUGGACAUCGGAGGAUCGAAUAUGGCUCAAUUGAAAAAGAACAAUAAACAGGCACACGUCAUCAACAAAAUUCUUCUGGACGUUGUCAAAUUGUACAGCGAAGAAGGAUGUCUGGAGGAAUUGAGCAUGUCUGAAUGCCGCCUGGGAGCCUAUCUGAGUGUUCUGCUCAACACACUCGGUGCCACUACCACUCUCAAAAGCCUGGACAUCAGCGGAAAUGAGAUAGGUAACUUCGGAGCUCGGAUUCUGUCGAAGGCGUUGCAAGUGAACGUGUCUCUCCGCUCCGUUUCUAUCGACAACAAUCACAUCGGGGCAGACGGAUUUGUCGAUUUGGCAACAUCAAUGAAAAUGUUGGUUGUUCUGAAACGUCUUCUAAUCGAAUGUUCUUUUCCAGGAAUAAUACAUUGACUCACUUCCCUUAUCCCGUCCACGAUGCAUUCGACUGUAUGCAGAGGGCAGAGAGGCCGCGAGCGGUGGCAGCUCUCGCUCAGAUCCAGAACUGUUUGUAUCGGAAUCGGACGGCGAUCGGAGCAGACGAGGCGAACUGCAAGCGCAUGUUUGCCGGUGGAGUUCUGCAGCAAAUGGAGAAAUCGAACGACGACGUCGUCAGCGGCAUUGUCGAAUCGAUCACCGCCUACGGACAAGAGCCGUUCCCUCAAAGAAUGACGGAAAUUAUCGAUGAAUUUGUGGAGAAAUUUCAAGUGGAGGGGGCCAGAAUCAUUGCGGAAAACAUUUCGAGGACAAUCGGAGGAGAUCUGACUGCCACGUCACGCAGAGCCGAGCAACUCGCGGUGACUAGACUAACGGAAGUGUGCACAGAGCAAGUGAAGCACGUAUUCAGCGAGUGGAAAUGGAGGGAAAUGUGCGAGCAUGUCGAGUCGGAACUCUCGAGAACUUCCCUCGGAGGGUCAGGUGAUGCGUGCAGCAUCGGAAGGACAUCUUCCGUGGGCACCGGGUCUCCGGCGUUGUCCUCACCGUUCACGCCGAAACGAUCACAAGCUGGUCAUCGACCAAGAAGCAUAAUCGGUGAUUUGACGUCGUCGACGACAUCCUCAGAAACUAUCGCCGGAGGCUCCGAACAGGGUACCAAUCUUGAUCUGCCUCCGAAGCCAUCUGGAUUAUCUCAUCUUCAAAAAGCGAGACCAAGGAAAAGAGGUACUGAGAUCAAAGUGAAUUUGAUUGACAAGCAAAUCCUUCAGGUGGAGCCGCGUCUAAAUCUUCUUUCGCUGACGAUGCGAUGAUCACUAGCCGAUCGAGUAGUGGCCCGGAUAACGGAGACAUGGAAGAUCUGAUUGAAGAAGCGGACGAGUCGGAUCAAGAGCCUCGGAAAGUGCCAGCAGGCGGCCGUGUUGCCAUGAUCCCCGACACCUCACUCCUCGCGCAAGUUCAUCUUCGUCCAUCCGCAGACCGUGCUCUCUCUGGACCCUCCGAAUUUUCACUGUCCCCUCGAGAAGCGCCUUCGCCCACUUCAAUCAAACUCAUGUCAUCGUCAUCUAUUCUGGAUUCUCCACCUCCCUUACCUCAACGGAACAGGUCCGUCUCGAAACAUCGGGCUUACCUCAUGAACGUAUGAUUUCAGGGUCGGUCCCGGUGGUGCUCCUCCUCCGAUUCUCCCUCCGAAACCUGAGCCACGAACCCGUUUGGUCGGAAUUGGUUCGCCGACGACGCCUCCUGCAAAUACGGAAGACGACGAAAAUGCGAACAGCCGUCGUUCGGUGGCCGAUAUGGCUAGGAUGUUCAACAAAUAA